GAAGCCGGUUGGAGGGUUUUUGGGGUUGUUGCAGUCGGAAGAUUCUUCAAACAACCAAUAUGUCAACCAAUACAGAUGUUUCUCUUUCUUCAUAUGAUGAAGAUCAGGGAUCCAAACUUAUCCGAAGAGCUAAAGAGGCACCAUUUGUCCCCAUUGGAAUGGCGGGGUUUGCAUCGAUUGUUGCAUAUGGACCGUACAAACUGAAGAGCAGGGGAAAUAUGAAAAUGUCCCUUCACUUCGUCCACAUGCGUAUGGCAGCUCAAGGCUUUGUUGUAGGGGCAAUGACUCUUGGUAUGGGCUAUUCCAUGUAUCUGGAAUUCUGGGCAAAACCUAAACCUUAGAAGAGAUGCUGGCUUGGCCUUGUUGGAGAUGCUUCCUUUAGUUAGACAUCUCAUAUUGAGGUUAUGUGUUAUACCGAAAAUAAAUAAUUUGAGUGGGUUUAGACAAUAA